GUGCACCUGAAGGAGGGACAGCGCUUGUGUGAUUCCGAAUAAACCUGCUGGGCUGUAACCUGGCGUCGUCAGAUUUCUGACUCUGUCCACCUUCAGAUGCAGUAGACCGCUUCCUCCCCAGGAUUCAUCUCCCACCCCCAAAUCACACCUUCCAAUCAGAACGGAGGGGAGGUGGGGCUUGGAACGGCCACUAGCCAAUCAGGUUCUCGGGGAAAGAGGUUCUGCUCGCCCUGGAGUUGCAGUGAGUUGUAAGUGAGCAGUACACACAGGGAGAGCUGGGGACAGACAGAGAGCUGUGGGUGUGCAGUAGACAGAGCGGGGGACAGGCAGAGAGCUGUGGGUGUGCAGUAGACAGACAGAGAGCUGUGGGUGUGCAGUAGACAGACAGAGAGCUGUGGGUGUGCAGUAGACAGCGGGGGACAGGCAGAGAGCUGUGGGUGUGCAGUAGACAGAGCGGGGGACAGGCAGAGAGCUGUGGGUGUGCAGUAGACAGAGCGGGGGACAGGCAGAGAGCUGUGGGUGUAUAGUGGACAGGCAGAGAACUGUGGGUGUACAGUAGACAGAGCGGGGGACAGACAGAGAGCUGUGGGUGUACAGUGGACAGACAGAGAGCUGUGGGUGUGCAGUAGACAGAGCGGGGGACAGACAGAGAGCUGUGGGUGUACAGUGGACAGACAGAGAGUUGUGGGUGUACAGUAGACAGAGCGGGGGACAGACAGAGAGCUGUGGGUGUGCAGUGGACAGACAGAGAGCUGUGGGUGUACAUAGACAGACAGAGAGCUGUGGGUGUGCAGUGGACAGAGCGUGGGACAGAGAGAGCUGUGGGUGUGCAGUAGACAGACAGAGAGCUGUGGGUGUGCAGUGGACAGAGUGGGGGACAGACAGAGAGCUGUGGGUGUACAGUAGGCAGAAAGAGAGCUGUGGGUGUGCAGUGGACAGAGCGGGGAGAGUUGCUUUCUCCUUGUGUCUCCGGUUGAGUGAGGGAUGCGCUCUCCCCACUCUCUCCCUCUCACCCUGCAGCACCAUCCCCCGGCAGGACAACCCUACAGCCUGAGCAGCCGGAGGAGCACCGACCCGGAGAUCUUCACCUUCGAGCCGAUCCCGGAGCACAAACCCAACCACAGGGGCAAGAGGCGGUCACUGAAGGUGCUCUAUCCGCUCUACCAGUCUCGGAAAUCCCUUCCCACCAAGAAGGACAUGGCUAAGAGGCUGUACCUGCUGCUGCUGUCCAUUGUAAUCCUGCAGGUGUACAGCGCUACCGAGCCUGGGGAAGAGGAGGCCAGUCCCAUCUCGGAGGCACAGCAGCUGGAGACCAGCAGCGAAGAAGCCUCCCCGCCCACUCAGCCGGUUUUCACGUUGGAUUCGGCUGCUGUCUGCAUCCUGACGGUCCCAGGAGGAACUGCAGACAACACCACGGUCCGUACUGUUUGACGUGCACCCACCGGUUGGAAAGCGUGCAGUGGUAACCGUCUCUCUUCCCUCCUGUCACUGAGUCAACAGCUUGCCUGGUCACCCUCCCUCUGCAGCCUGAUCCCUGGCCCACACCAAAGACUUGACCAUUCUUCCCCAAGUGGGCACAUCAGUAGGGGGCUGGGGGCAAACUCAGGUGGCUCCCUCCACCGCCAGCAUCCAGAUGUGACUGGCACGCCACACUGCGCUUCCCCUGUUGGCGCAGUGGUAGUGUCCCUAACUUCGGGCCAGAAGGACCAGGUUCGAGUUCCAACUCCUUCAGAUACGUGUCACAACGUGUCCGAACACCUUGAUUCUAUAAUAAUCUUUCAACCUGCUCCUCGCCGGGUGAGUGGGUGAAUUCCAACAGCUAACAAAUCCAAGUAAUAAUGAGGAAUGCAGUUCUUCAAUCUGAUGCCUGUGAAGUAUUUGGGGUAUCUUUAACUUAAUUGCCCUCGCUGUUUCUGCAGCACUUUAUUCUUGGUUCGCAAGAACUUUAAUCAGAUUGGCUUUGGGGGGGGGGAGAUAUCCACCCUCUAACGAUGUAUGUUUAAUAGAAUGACGUCUCAUCUGCAAUUAACACACUGCUUGUGGAGGGACGUUCUCAUUAGCUGAAUAGUAACCUGUUUGAAACCUCCACUGGAUCAUGGGAGAAAUACGAGUCAAGGCAGAGUUCUAUGUAAAAAGAUCAGAGGUCACCUCCCCGUACCUUGUUAAUCUCAAUUCCACCCCUCUGGCCAGUGCCCGUGACCAUCCAGUGGCAGAUAAGCAAAUGUCUUCACGUCUGACUUCCAAGUAUUUCUGGUGAGAUGGGUUGACGACGAUCUGAAACUAGGUGAAAUCUUUCUUGAUGAUAUGUCUCCUCAGACAGAAACUAAAUGUUUCUGGUAUCAAUCAGGAUGAUGAUUCUUCCCACAGCAUUGCGGUUUGCUGGUAGAAUACUGGACUUUAAUAGGAUUAGUCCUAAUGUUCCACUUCAGUAUUGUGAUACGGGAAAGAAAACGAUGGAAUUUUUAUGACACGGAAGACUUGUAGUUGGUUCAUUGAAGUGAUUUAAUUUAUUUUGCUAUGUUGUCAUAUUUAAUAUAGUGUAUUUUAUUGAAUGGCCUAUUUAUUGUCUUUAAGUUUGAAUUUUACGUAUAAAUAAAUGAUGCAAAUUUUGCUCACUUGUUUGGCUUCAAACUGGAUUUUAAAAGUCCUUUUUUAGUGAGUGGAGAUGUGGCGAUCUGAAAGUUGGCGAUCCAAAAUGCACUGUCACUCUCUAACUCAAGAUUCUAAUGGUCUGAAUGAAAUAACAUUCCAAUAUUUGCAAACUACUCUUGUCACCUAUAUUUCUUUCCUUACCCUCACACUAUCACCUACCUGUGGUAGUGCUUAUAUCCCCCCUCCCCAAGCACCCAUGUU